AUGCUUGGAUCCCCUCCUAAAGGCAUCGAAACAUUACUUCAAACACAAUUUCUUUCUGCACAAGUUAUUUCUCAAAAUCGAUUUGAAACUAAAGUUAAUUCAUUUAUUAAUGAUUGGAAAUCUCAAAAUAUCAAUCAAUUUUUAGAAAUAAUUAAAAUAUUUCAAGCUGUAUCACAUGGAAAUCAACUUAUAAGUGAACAGUUCAAUUAUUAUACUUAUAUAGACCCGAAUGAUACAAAAUUGAAUCUUGAAGUAAAAGAAUAUUCCAAUUGUUCCUGUACUUUAUCUUCAUUAUGCUUUUUCUCUAUCGGUUUAUUUACUGACGAUCCAUUUUAUUCGGACCAUCAUAUACCAGUUAUUACAGUCCCAAAUUUUUUUAUGGGUUGUUCCCAAAUCGAAGGAUUAAUGAAAUCAACUUUAGAAUGUUUUUAUAAUCUAUCAUGUAUGAUUGAAUUAGAUGACCAUCUUAUUAACGCUCUUAGAUCAUCUUUUAAUUUUUCAAAUUUAAAUGAAAAUCUUAGUCCAUCGAACGAAACAAUAGGAUCAAUUAUCAAUAGACUUAUGAUUGAUUCUUGGACAUCAAAUAUUUCGUUUUCUUCAUAUUAUAAUAUAUGUUCUCCAUCAUCAUGUACAUAUGAAUUUAUUAGUCGAAAUAAUUUAUUCUUUGUUAUAACAACAAUUCUUGGUAUUUUGGGUGGUUUAUCUCUUGGAUUAAAACUACUUACUUUAAUUAUUCUUCGAUUUAUUGAGAAUACAAUUAAUAAUACUUCUUUUAAUGGAUUUAUAACAAUGAUAAAAAACGUAUUUAUUUGUAAUACUGAACAACGUAUUAUUAAUCGACUUCAUUUCAUUUUUCUUUUACUAAUAUUAUAUUUAGUAUUUCUAUUUUCUGCUUUUAAACCAAAAUCAGCUACUGUCCAUAUAAUAAAACCAUCACUUUCAAAUUAUAAAGAUUUAUUACAAGAGCAUUCUUAUUCUCUUCAAUGCUCUUGUUCACAAAUAUCUAUUCCAUAUGAAACAUUUCUUAAUAUUGAACCUCAUUUUCAUGAUUUAUGUUCAAGUCAAUUUAUUUCUGAUGAAUGGAUUCAUUAUAUUUAUGGUGAAGGUCAUCUUUCUCAUCGAUUUUCAUUCGAUGAUUAUCGUUAUUCAGCUCCUGGACAAUUUCUUUCACUUUCUUCACUUUGUGAACUUAGUCAAGAAAAAGUAAAUCAUACCCUUUCGGAAUUUCUAACAAGUUAUUUUAUUAAUUCUCAGCUUUUAUCUGAGAAUCUUUUAAUUGAACAAAUUACAAUACUUCUAAAUCGACUUCAAUCAAUUACAUCCAAAUCAUUUCUUAAUACUUUUAAUUUAAUUCGUGAAAUAAUUGGUUCGAAUAUGAUUAUGAGUACAUGGAGCACUAAUUGGGAAUAUGUUUAUGAAAGUGCAUUUUAUAAUAAUUUACCUGUACAUCCAGUACCUGUAAGUUAUGGUGAAUGUAAUUGUGGAUUAUCAUUUAAAUGUACUCAAUCAUCAGGAGGUAUGAUGAGUGGUUGCUAUCCACUUGAAUCUAUUCUUCAAACAAAACUUUACUGUUUUUAUGAUCAAAAUUGUAUUGAUUCAAAUGGAGAUUUUACAAGUUUAAAUAUGUCAACGUUGGAAAAAAGUCAAUUUAAUUUAGAUUCAACAAUUGAAUCAAUUUUAAAUAAUUUAAUGAUUGAAGAGUAUAAAAGUAAUUUAUCAUAUGAAAAUUAUUUUAAUCAAUGUAAACCAUUAUCAUGUUCAUAUUCUUAUAUUAAAACUCAUGAUGUAACUCAAACAAUAAUAUCUCUCAUUUCUCUUUAUGGUGGAUUAGUUCUUAUAACUCGUUGUUUAGCAAUUAUUUUUGCUAAACUUUAUGAAUAUAAAAAAAAUCGAAUUAAACCCGAAACUCUUCAACAAAAUACUUAA